AUGCACUAUGCGGACGAACAUCGGUGCCUUACAACCAAACGUCCUCUCCCUGCAUCGAGUUCCCUACGGAAUCUCAAUCCAUUCAUUGACCAGAACGGUGUCAUGCGAGCAUGUGGCCGAGUCCAAGCCUCCGCUUCCAUGUCCUACAACGAGAAACAUCCAAUCCUACUGCCACCCGCAUCCCUCCUCGUUCGCCUGCUGGUGCGCUUCACUCAUCACAUAGUCCUCCAUGGUGGGAACCAGCUGGUCAUUCGCCUUCUCCGUGCAACUUACUGGAUCCCUCGACUACGUCACGUAGUGAAGGCGGUGAUCCAAUCCUGUAAAGUAUGCGUAAUCCAUCGCAAGCGACUCCAGACCCAGUUAAUGGGUGACCUCCCGUCCACAAGAGUCACAUUCUCCAGACCAUUCACAUACACCGGAGUCGACUUUGCCGGUCCCUUCGACGUCAAGAGCUUCAUCGGGCGCGCAUGCCGCAUAACCAAAGGUUAUGUGUGCGUGUUCGUGUGUUUCACCACGAAAGCCAUCCACCUAGAGGCCACUUCCGACCUAUCCACUGACACCUUCCUAGCCGCUUUCGCUCGUUUUGUCGCGAGACGAGGGUGUCCUCACGAGGUCCAAUCCGACAACGGCAGGAAUUUCGUCGGCGCAUCUCGUGCUCUGGCUGUAGAUCUUCUCGAAGCCAUCCGAACGCGGACUUCUGCGGUAUACAGUCAGCAGGGCUUAUCGUGGCGGUUCAUCCCUCCGGGAGCCCCACACAUGGGUGGCCUUUGGGAAGCAGGCGUGAAGAGUUUCAAGACUCUGUUCCAACGGUCGAUGUGUACGGCCAAAUAUACAUUGGAGGAGUUCGCCACCUUACUCUCCAAAAUUGAGGCCUGCCUUAACUCUCGACCGAUCUCUCCUAUGUCCGAGGACCCGAAUGACCCGCUAGCUCUAAGCCCAGGUCACUUCCUGAUCGGCGGGCCGCUACUCUCCGUGGCGGAGCCUGAAAUAAAAGAGAGCGCCUCCUCCAUCCUGAACCGCUGGCAACAUCUCCAGGCUCUAAACCAGCAAUUCUGUUCGCGCUGGAAAACGGAGUACCUACGAGAGUUGCACAAGCGAACCAAAUGGCAGCAUCCAACAAGAGACCUAGAGGUGGGAGACCUCGUUGUUAUCAAGGAGGAUAACAUCCCCUCUCACGAAUGGCGUCUCGGACGGGUACAAAAAACGUACCCUGGGCCCGAUGAUAAGGUCCGUGUGAUAGACCUUAACACUGUCCGAGGCCUUAUCAAAAGACCGAUUACUAGGGUCGUCCUGCUGCCUAUGGAGUCGGAGAUCCAGUCCACCUACUCCCGCGUACUACCCGACCCAUAA